AGAUCUCGAUGAUUCUUCAGAGACAAAAACACUCACUCUCUGUUUGAUUACAUGUAUGUGUGGUGAUGGGUCUCGGUUCACAGCCCGACUCUACUUAUCUUCCGUUGCGUGAUUAAUUCAGUUUAAGGUGAACGUUUUAGAGUUUGGAGUGAAGAAGCAGAAGUCAGAUGACUGGGAGACACAUUUUUGAGCCUGGAGCCACGCUGGUGAAGUGACGUGAAUGUCUGACGAAGCUAAAGGCAGCUCUUGAACUAGCCUCUACCUACCAGGCUGCUCUUCCACUGCUGCUGCGCUCUGGACCCCUUUAGAAGCGCUUCAGCACCACGGCGCGCUGGACAGCUCCUCUUCCUUUUUUCCUCCCAGGACUUAAUUUCUCUGGAGAAAAGUGAGUUUUUAUUUACUGAGACAAUUUUUCAUCUUUAAGGAACCCACACUGUAAAGUCGCUUGGGAGGAGAUGGAUAUUGAUCGACCUGCAAAUGUGUCCUUCUUUGAUUUUGUUGGAGGAAUCCAACUUCUCCAGGGAGAUGAAGCUAGGACGGCCAUGCCUGCCAUUCUGAUUGGAAUCUGCGUGUCUGGAGCAGUUGGGAAUUUGCUGGUGUUGCUGAUUUUUAUCCGUGACUUUAGAAACGGAAGGGGCUCGGAGGUGAAAGCGCUCCUGGCCUCUCUGGCUUCCACGGACCUGGUGAUUCUGCUGCUGUGCGCUCCCGUGCGCGCCGUCACCUACUACAAACAGACCUGGACCCUGGGCGGGUUUGUGUGCCGAACCACGGACUGGUUCCAGCACUCCUGUGUGGUCGCAAAAACUUUAAUCCUUGCAGCGACCACGAGAGCCAAACACACUCUUCCACACGCCCCUACACCCUUCCACGGCCCAACGUGGAUCCAUGGAGCCCUGGUGUUCAUUUGGACAGUUUCCAUGAUGUUCCCGAUCCCUCAGAUGCUUUUCGCCUCCUUGUUGCAGUACGACAGCGACACUAUUUGCGUCUCUACAAUGCCAGUGUGCGCGUCUGAAUUCAUGAGUUUGUUCUACAAGAUUUAUCCAACCGCCACGUUCGUAAUGCCGGUCAUCCUGACCACAGCCUAUUACACCAAGACGCUGCACGCCGCUGUGAACCACGCGCCCAGCCCGCAGCACCAGAGCAAAGUUAUUCUGGUUCUGUUGUGUCUGAGCGGCGCCUUGGGGCUUAUGCUGCUCCCAGAGUGGGGGACCUUCACCUGGGUCAGACUCGGGUACAACAAGCCUCCCGCGGGGCUGUUGAUGUUCGCGCAAGUCCUCCUUUACGCAUGCAGCGCCCUGUCUCCGGUCGUCCUGAUGACUAUGUACGACGAUGUGCGCCAAGGACUGGUCACCCUCUGGUUCAUUGCGACCUGCAGAAGCAAAAAGUGCGCGCCCCCUAAAAAGUGUCCCCAAACGGAGGGAAACGGAGCGGAGGUUGGAGCCAACGCCAUGACCAACGCCGUCGCUCAGGACGCGGACAAAACCUUCCCAGAUGUGGAGCACUUCUGGACGGGACGCAGGAAUACGCAAGUGGAGGAUGAGCAGGAUCCGGUUCCGUGGGAGAAAGAGGAGAAGAUGUUGUGAAGAAUAUUUCAGUAUUUUUGUAGCAGGAGAGUUCAGCUUGUUGUCAGCUGUGUGUCGACCCAUCAGACCCGAAAUCAGGGCUGUAGCUGCGUAUCGUGAGCUUGUUUAGAUGUAAAACAAACUUUCAUGAUUGAUGUUGUUUUGAAUCUUCUGUUCUGUCUGUAGGGCAUCUUUAUGUAUAGCAGAAGAGGUUUGUACAAACAACUCUGUAAAUAUGGACUCAUGAAGUUGUGCUUCUGUUUGUGUCAUUGAUAUUAAAACUCUCAUACACCUCGGA